GCCGAGGCGGACGCGCGGCUGUUAGCGCGCGGCAGUUAGAGGUCUCGCUCUGCCAACGGUCCCAGUCGCCGCGGUCCCCGUGGGCCUCAGUCACCGUGACCCGGCCCCGUUUGAGCGCUCGCCCCCAUCGCUGGCGCAGUCACCGCGCGGGGUGGCCGCCCGUGAAAUAGCUACCACGGCUAGUGACAACGAACAAAUCUCCGGGACAGCGGCGCCCUCAGCUACAGCUGGGCGGGCGGCCCGGCCGGCAGCGGCGGCCCGUGAGCUACCGUGAGGAGGGAGCGGUGGAGGUGACCUCCUGUCCGGCCCCGCAUCAGCUGCCCUGCAGGCGCGACAUGAGCCUGGUCUGGCAUCCGCGGGAUGCUCCUUGAGUCUCUUCUCUGGCUGUUACCUCCGGGGGACGGUUGUGGCUACGCCGAUACGUAUUUUCCGAAUAAAUCAUUGUUUAUUCUUGCGGCGGCGGGACCGAACACGUUUAUUUUUAAUUUUCUCAACAAGCAUUUACCCAGCACUUAUCCGGUGAAACAACUUGCUGGAAGAGCCUGUAUUGUCCUCAUAAUAGUAUAGAAGAAUUCAAGAUAGGAAAGAGAGACAGCAGCGAAUGAAGACUAUAAAAGAAAAGGAGAAGGAACACCAAAGAUUGAGAAAAUCUGCCAAGACUAAGAGAGUAACCCAGAGGAAACCAUCUUCAGGGCCUGUUUGCCGGUUAUGCCUUCAAGAACCUGGGGAUCCCGAAAAAUUAGGGGAAUUUCUUCAGAAAGGCAAUCUCAGCGUGCAUUAUUUCUGUCUUAUCCUAUCUAGCAAGCUGCCUCAGAGGGGCCAGUCCAACAGAGGUUUCCAUGGAUUCCUGCCUGAAGACAUCAAAAAGGAGGCAACCCGGGCUUCUAGGAAGAUCUGCUUUGUGUGCAAGAAGAAGGGAGCUGCUAUCAACUGCCAGAAGGAUCGGUGCCUCAGAAACUUCCAUCUGCCUUGUGGCCAAGAAAGGGGUUGCCUUUCACAGUUUUUUGGAGAGUACAAAUCAUUUUGUGGAAAACAUCGUCCAACGCAGGACAUCCAACAGGGGAAUGUGAGGGAGGAAAUCUGUGUCUUGUGUUGUGAAGACUUAUCCCAAGCAAGUGUUGAGAACAUCCAGAGCCCGUGUUGUAGUCAAGCUAUCUACCACCGCAAGUGCAUACAGAAAUAUGCCCACACAUCAGCAAAGCAUUUCUUCAAAUGUCCACAGUGUAACAAUCGAGAAGAGUUUCCUCAAGAAAUGCUAAGAAUGGGAAUUCAUAUUCCAGACAGAGAUGCUGCCUGGGAACUUGAGCCAGGGGCUUUCUCAGAGUUGUAUCAGCGCUAUCAGCAUUGUGAUGCCCCCAUCUGUCUGUACGAACGAGGCAGAGACAGCUUUGAGGAUGAAGGGAGGUGGUGCCUCAUUCUGUGUGCUACAUGCGGAUCCCACGGAACCCAUAGGGACUGUUCCUUUCUUAGAUCCAACAGUAAGAAAUGGGAGUGUGAGGAGUGUUCACCUUCUGCUUCAGCCACAGACUACAUACCUGAAAACUCAAAUGACAUUUCCUACUGCAGCAGCACCUUCCACCCUGAGAAGCAUUUCUGCAGAGACAGCUGCCUGGAAGAGAAUCCAGGCCCUUCUUGGAUUGAUUGGCCACGACCUUCCUUAUUAGAAAAGCCAGAAUCCUCUGGUGGCAGGAGGAGUAACUCCUGGAGGUCCAAGGGUGUCAAAAUGGCUAAGAGCUGCAAAAAAUCCAAGUAA